AACAUCUUUGGAAACAUGGCUGUGCAGAGCUGGAUUGAUAUCCUAAGAUUGUCAAAGAAAACUGCUUUGAUACACGAUGGAAAAAGGAAGAUCCACUACCUCUUUACAGAUGGAAAGGAAAUGGCAGAGGAGUAUGACUUAAAAACAGAUGAACUCAUCGUACGGAAGUGGCGUCACAAAAGCACGCUGGGAGCUCAUGGCCAGUGGCAGGUAGAGAUAGGGGAGCCACCUGCCGACUCUGUCACUUCUUCGGACGCCGAUGUGAUCAAGGAGAACUGCUCCAAUCCUGUGUUCACGCGUAGAGACACAAAGGCCAGUUUUCAGUGGCGAAUCCGCAACCUCCCCUACCCCAAAGAUGUAUUCAGUGUUUCAGUGGAGGCGUCUGAGAGAUGCAUCAUCAUAAAAACCUCAAACAAAAAGUAUUAUAAGAAGUUUGGCGUUCCUGAUUUAGAUCGCUCUCAGCUGCCAUUUGACGGCUCCGCCCUCAGCUUCACACACGCCAACAACACUUUGAUCGUCAGCUACAAGAAACCCAAAGAGAUCUUAACCCUUGAGCAGGAGCUGCUGAGGGAGCUGAAGAAACUGAAGGGGACCGGCGAAGGGGACGUCGACUGCAAAACUCAGUGAAUUGCGACUGUGGGAGCGAGAGGAGUCACUCUGCGUUGCAUUUAAAGCAAAACCUCCCAGCGUCAUUUUUCCACUCACAUGUGAGCUUCUCGUUCUUUUGUGAAUGCCGUCAUUAAGAAUUUACUCAGUGCCUUGUGCGCAGUUUUAUGCUUCUCAUUGUGUUUACUGAUUAAGUUCUAUUUAUCUGAGUUAUUACUGCUGAAAUCUGUCCUGCCAUUUAUAUUUGACUCACAUGAAAUCUGUAAAAUAGAUCACGCCUUUCGCAGUCAUUCAGAUUUAUAAACUUUGCAUCUGAGCCAUGAGUGUUUUCCCAAAUUAUCUCUUUGACAGUAAAAACCAUUUUACAACUUUUAUAAAAAAAAAUCUUUAUUGGAAAAUUGAAA